AUGGGAGACGUAUCCGAAAGUAUACCAAAUGGUACCGAUGGCGACCACACACCCAGUCUGCGGGUUUUGAUUGUCGGUGGCGGCAUCGGCGGUCUCUCUACCGCAAUAGCACUGCGGCACCAGGGCCACGAAGUGCACGUUUUUGAGCAAGCAAGCAGCAUUCGAGGCACCGGGUAUGGCAUACACCUGGCACCAAACGGAGUCGGUCUCCUUCGCCUCCUGGGCUACAACCCAGAGACAGGGGACGCAGUGCCGAUGAACAACAUCAGAUUCUUCAAACACACUGGGGAUCAGUUUGGGCACGAAGACCGGAAGUUGACGGCGGGCAGGUGGCAGAAUGAGUGGCUUCUUGCUUCUCGCGUUGAACUCCUUGGAGGCUUGCUCCAACUAGCGACAACGGUUGAGGGCAAAGGAGACCCUGCCAUUAUACACCUCUCGAGCAAGAUUCGAGCGGUCGACCCAGAAGAAGCGACCAUAGAGCUAGAGGACGGAUCCAGCUUCCACGGAGACGUGGUGAUUGGAGCAGAUGGCGUCUAUUCGAGAGCGCGAGAUGCAAUUACCAAAACCUCGCCGUAUCCGAGUAGCCACAACUGCUUUCGGAUGAUGUUCUCCAGGAAAGAUCUCGAGCCAGACCCGUCGAUACAUAUUCCUACCGACGAAACCAUGGACAUGAUCUACAGUCCUCACACCAAGACCAUAAUCUACACUACACUGGGCAACACCAAAUACAAUUGUGUGGUAACACACAAGUCCGAGUUGACGGAGGGCUACAUCGGUGAUCCGAAGGAGAAACUCUUGGAGCUCUGCGAAGGUCAUGAUGCGAAGUUUGUCAACCUCUUCAGAAAGGCUGAUCCGGCAACGUUAAAAGUUUGGCCUCUCUACGACAUGGACAUGCUGUCAACGUUUGCCAAGAGUCGGCUGGCUCUCAUAGGGGACGCUGCACAUCCAUUCACGCCUCAUCUCGCCCAAGGCGCCGUCAUGGCCAUGGAGGAUGCUGUAUCGCUAGGCGUGAUGCUGUCUGGGGACACUAAAUCGAGUGAGGUUCCAGAAAGGCUGCAGCUGUUCAACAAGGCACGCCACGAGCGUGGUACGUUCAUUCAGAAACUAUCCCUCGUUGUCGGCGGGGAUCGAGUUCAAGAGGGGAAAGAGAACAAUGAACUGAGCGUACGGAAACACCUCGAUAUGGCGCUUAGUCACGAUGAACAUCACGCCUCCUCUCAGAUCUUGAGAGAAUGGCAAUGGAAGCGUGCGAAGAAUCCCUCGUGGCUGCAACCGACGGUCUUUGGGCCGUUUCCAACUCAAUCCGAUUCUUCUCGACGGUCAUUGACCCGAAAGACCGGUCCGUCGACAGUGAUAGCGAGCAUCGUAUUCAAGACCAGUGCCACAUUACUACGGAAUCUGUUUCCCAGCGAGAAAUAUUCCUUUGAGAAGUCAGACACUGUCGCGGUUGCGACGCUCUCCAUCCGCAAUCACCGGAAUGUAGACUGGCUGGCUGGUGGGACGCACGACUCACUGGUCUUUUCGAUCCAUGGCGUCCAGUACAAUGCUUCCGAAGCAGGAGAACCUCCGGUGCGCGGAAGUUACUGUCCGAUCAUGUUUGACAAUCUCUCCGAGGCAGUUGUGGCUGAGCGGGAAAGAUACGGUCUGCCGGCCGUACACACAGACAUAGUUUGCACAUAUGAUACAGGGCAUUACCAGGCACGGCUGAGUUGGAGGGGUACGGAGUGGGCAGCUUUGAACCUCCAUGGGUUAGUCUCGGAUCCGGUCAAUAUUGAAAACGAUGAGAAUGUGCUGCCGCCACCUUCCGGGACGUUUGUGCAUAGGUACAUGCCGGCAGUUGGUGAAGCAGUUAAUGGUGCAAGGGGUAAACAGCACCUAGAUGCCGAGUACGACGUGUACUACCCAGAGUCAGACAAACAGAUGGUUGAGUCCUCUACGAGUAGGCGCGCUACAACAGCCACGAUCGAGAUCAAACAGCUUGACCUCGACACUCUGCCAACCUUGCAUCACAUUGUUGCUCGCCUAGCAGAGUUGCCAAUCUUUGAAAUUGUCGAAGCUAGAGUCUCAACGAGUGACAGGGCUGCGGAUUGGUCUACUGGAUCUAGGCUUGGUUGA